UCAACAUUUACAAGACAGCAAUUGCAACAUCACACUACACUAAUUCCCUUUUCCCAAACAGGCAAAUGAAGCAAUGGCCAGCUUCCUCCACCAGCAAAAGGCUCUGGUGAAAUACAGCUUCUCGGCUUUGCCUCCAGAGAAAGGCAGGGGAGAGGCUGUAGAGCAGCUACUGAAGCGACAGCAGCAGGUUGAAGAUCAGCUGAAGCACGCAAGAAGCACCUACUUCAGCUUGGCUUUGAAAAAACAGCAAAAGGAAGACGAGUUGAAGAGAAGACAAGAAACAACUGAGGAUCAGGUCAGCGUCACCGAGAUGCUUCGUCUGGUGGUCGAGACAGAAGCUUUCGUAAAGGAAGCCGGCGUGCAGGAGUGCAGCAUCCUCACCAGCAAAGCCUCCCUAAACGCCACAGAGGCUUCGAUAGCAAAGCACCUGCAGCGGACCAAGGAGCUCUCAGACCUCACGGAGGAAGCGGAGGCGAAGGUGGACCAACUCAGGCUACAGAUAAGUCAGAAAAAGGAGGAACUGAAGGUCCUCGCCAGGAAACAGGCUCAGUCGAACAGGCUCUCGGCGCACCUCCGGCCUGCCUCCCGCCUGCUCCUCGACCCCGUCCUCGCUCGAGAUCUGAAGGAGAAGCUCGCACUCAAGGAAGACCUCGAGGACGAGCUGGGGCGUCUAAAGCAGCUCAGCGCGAGGAGCAACGUCAUGAGGAAGAGUGCCGCCUGAGUAGGAUGGGGUUGGGUGGA